GUCCAACCAAUCAGAUUUCAGGGUUUUGUAACAGGAACCGACGAUACGAAAACAGAUACAGACUGCUCGUCGCUUGAGAGGUUUGUUAGCUUAAUAAUUGUAACGAGUUUGCUGUCGGAACACGGCCGCCUGUUGACAGUCAGUCAUGCUGAAAGCUGUAGGACAAGUUUUGUUCUCCACGGGACUGCAGAACCCAAAAUACACGGCAGAAGAGGCAAAGGAAAAGGACUAUGAGAUUCGCACUUAUCACGCCACUAAAUGGGUGAGCACCUCUCUGAACGGGAUGCAGUGUGACGAAGCCAUGAAGACCGGCUUCCGCAGACUCUUCAACUACAUCCAGGGCAACAAUCAGAAAAAGGCCAAAGUGGAGAUGACUGCGCCCGUGACGUGCCGCGUGGUCCCCGGAGCCGGGCCGGCCUGCGAGUCUCAGUUCACCGUUUCCUUCUACAUCCCAGACGAGCUGCAGGCCGAGCCGCCGGAGCCGAGCGAGCCCGAGGUGUUCGUGGAGAACAGGAAGGAGUUCACCGCAUACGUCAGGACGUACGGCGGCUUCGCCAACGAUAACACGAGGCGAGACGAGCUGCUGAAGCUGACCGAGAGCCUGAAGAGGGACGGCGUGGAGUUCGUGGACACGCCGUUCUACACCGCGGGGUACGACAGCCCCUUCAAACUGACCAACCGCAGGAACGAGGUGUGGGUGCUCAGGAAGGAAUACGAGCCGUAAAAAACGUCACUGGAACUUAGGCUACGUUCACACUGCAUGUCCUAAAUGCUCAGUUCUAACUAAAAAAKAGAUUUUUGCUCAGAUUGGAUUCGUUUGUGUGGUCGUUCACGUUACAGUUUAAUGCGAAGUUGUAGAAAAAAAAAGUGACCCACGUUCGCAGAGGACGUGCCGUCACACUCAAUGACUUCUGGAAGUAGAAACAAACCCAAAUAUUUACUGUAAAUUCUGAGUCAUCAAGAAAAUGAGAAAUACGGAAAGUAAAAAAAAAAAAAAAAAAAAGAAUCGGAGCAACUUGUGUUCUGUAGCUGAAAAUGCAGAGCUCUAAGCUUUAACUGCGUUUGUGUUGAUGAUUGAUCUGUAUACACAGGCCUCAAUGAUCAGACAAUAUGUGACGUGAUAGCUCAGGCCGAGGUCGCUUUGAAAAUUUUUUGAUAUGUAUUUAAUGUAAUACCACAUGAAAAUUACUAAAAAAUGGAUUUUUCAUUUUAAAAAAAUCAAUAUGGGUCACUGAUGCCUGCAGUGUGAACGUAGCCUUAGAAACUUAAAUAUAAGAACUGAUUUUUAAACAUGAUAAAUUUAUAAAUUCAGCAGUUUAUCAACUUAUUAAAAUUUGAAAGGGAAAAAAAAAUGUAUAUUUGACUUGAUAACAAGAAACACUUGGUUUAAAGAGCUGCAGUAGAGCAUCUUUUAAUUUAAAUACACAUCAUGGAGAAAAAUGAGMAAAACGUCCAGCAGGGGGAGCUGAUGAGUUAAGCUGAUGAGAAUUAUUUUUACUUUUUGAUUUUAAAAAGGGAUUUUUUUCUUUGUAUUUAAAAACGCUGUCACAUUAGACCACUUAUUCCAACUUAUGAAACAUAUUUUAUGUCUUAASUGCUAAUAAAAAAAUUAUAUAUUAGAUCAAUUGUGUUCGAAUUACAUGAGGAACAUGCCUAAAAGAAGCUUCCUGUUGACUUUUUUCAAUUCCAUCUCCAAUGUAGAUGUCUUUAAAAUGUUUAUAAGUUGUCUCAUGUGACAGGGCCUUAACUGACGUUCCUUACACAACUAACUGCCUGAUGAACACAAUUGAAGGAAAGAUGCACUUUUCUUUAAAGAGAAAGCUGACUAAUUUGUUUUUAGUAGGAAUCAGUUGCUCCAACUGUUCAUACUCUAAACUGUAAACAAACCAAGAAAUGAAAAGUUUAGGACUGUGCCCUGUAUUUUUAAAUAAAUGUUUGAAACAAAGGAUCCUAUUAAGCUUCAUAYGAACCAGAAGAGUCAGUUUAAUUUCUUAUCUGAGAACCUGACAAACCUGGUUUUCUGCUCGGACCUCUCAAACAUGGCAGCUGCUUUUAAAUCUGAUUUGAUUACCGACUGAGUCACUAAAUCUGGACCAAUCACAACACCGAAGUGUCUUUAAUUAAAAUUUUACUCUGAAACUUAUUAUAAAUUAAAUCAUGUAACAUUACAGGCUGUGGCUGUGAGCAUUUAUUUGGUGUCUGUAGAUUAGGGUCUAAAUCAGAAGCAUUAACCUGGUUUUUUUUUUAAAAUAUAUUUAAAGGGAAACUGAUGCACAAACAGAUCACUGAUGUCUGAAUGAUAAUAAAUGUAAAAUGUCACAUGAUCAAUAAUAAAUAAAACUCAUUAAAUGAUCAGUUA